AUGAAGGUUCCCUCUUUCCUCAGCGUUGGCCUGAUGGCUACUGCUGUCCUCGCCAACAAGGUCUCCCAGAACACCUUCAAGUACGAGCGCCUUGACAAGAACAAUGCUCUUCUCCUCGUUGUCGACAUCCAGGAAGGUCUCUACCAGAUCGCUCGGGAUUUUGACCCUACCCUCUACCGCGACCAGGCUCUCGCCCACGCGGCUCUUGGUGAGGUCUUUGACCUUCCCGUCAUCCUGACCACCUCUGCCGACCAGGGCCCCAACGGUCCUCUCAUGCGUGAGAUCAUUGAGAAGUACCCCAAGGCUCCCUUCAUCCAGCGCCAGGGUGAGGUCAACGCCUGGGACAACUCUGCCUUCCGCGACGCCGUCCGCGCCACCAACAAGACCCAGAUCAUCAUGGCUGGUAUCACCACCGACGUCUGCACCACCUUCCUGGCUCUCUCUCUCCGCGAGGAGGGAUACUCCGUCUGGGCCAACGUCGAGGCCUCUGGUACCAACUCUGCUCUCGUCCGUGACAUCUCCAACGACCGCAUGGCCCGCGCCGGUGUCCAGACCGUCAGCCUGUUCUCCAUCGUCUGCGAUCUCAUGCGCGACUGGCGAAACACCCCUGGCUCCAAGGAGCUCAUCCCCUGGCUCGACAAGUACUACCCCGUCUGGGGCUGGCUCGCUCGCACCCACGCUGCUGCUGUCACCAACGGCACCAUCGUUCCCGGUGAGGAUGCCCUCAUUGCCUGA